CUCUUAUUUAACGUUUCUCUGAUCAUUUUCUUUUUAUGCGUAUUAUAUACCAAACCAUGGCUUCUCUCUCCUUUGAACGUAAUAGUAACAAUAAAACCGUAGCACUUUUCUUCUUUAUUUUCACCGUUACUCUUUCACUUUGCUCGCCUUCUUCUGUUGCUAAGCUUCAGCAUUUCCACCACCGAGCGAAGGCCGACGGAACUCUCAGCUUCUUGGUCGUCGGUGACUGGGGACGACAAGGACUCUACAACCAAUCCGAAGUCGCUCUUCAGAUGGGCAUAGUUGGAGAAAAACUAGACAUUGACUUUGUGAUCUCAACUGGUGAUAAUUUCUACGAUGAUGGCUUGGUAGGUGUGGAUGACCCUGCAUUUCAUAAAUCAUUUUCCAAUAUCUACACUGCCCCAAGUUUGCAGAAGCAAUGGUACAAUGUCUUGGGGAACCAUGACUAUCGUGGGAAUGUUUUAGCACAAUUGAGUCCCAUUCUCAGGAAAAAAGAUAGCAGAUUUCUUUGCUUGAGAUCAUUCAUUCUUACGACAAAAAUUGUAGAAUUCUUCUUUGUAGACACCACUCCAUUUGUAGAUGACUACUUUACAAACCCAGAGGACCAUACCUAUGACUGGAGGGGCGUUUUACCAAGGCAGAGUUACCUCUCAAAUCUCUUGAAGGAUGUGGAUUCAGCAUUAAAGCGUUCCACUGCAAAGUGGAAAAUUGUGGUUGGACACCAUGCAAUCAAAAGCGCUGGACACCAUGGGAAUACUCAAGAGCUUGAAUCACAGCUUCUCCCAAUCCUUGAGGAAAAUAACGUUGAUUUCUACUUGAAUGGUCAUGACCACUGCUUGGAGCACAUUAUUGAUGCCAAAAGCCAAAUCCAGUUCUUGACAAGUGGAGGUGGCUCCAAGGCAUGGAUAGGUGACAUAAAAUGGUGGAAUCCAGGAGAACUGAAGUUGUACUAUGAUGGGCAAGGUUUUGUGUCUCUGGAAAUAACCAAGAAAGUGGCAAGCUUUUCAUACUAUGAUGUCUUUGGUAAUGUCUUGCACAAAUGGACCCUGUCCAAAGAGUCGGACUCAUCCGUAUAAAGAAAUUCCUCCCCAAAAUAGCCAACGGUGGCUUUUGCCUAGUUAUAUUAUAAAUAGAGAAGAUGGUGAGAUUCUUAAGGGAUAGUCGGUGAAAAUCACUACUGGCUAUGAUGUGCAUCCCUGAGUCACUCUAACAUGUAAUUUCUGUGAAACACACCAUAAUUCAAACUAAUAAGAAACUUAAAAAUCGAAAUGUGAGUUUUGUAUCCAUUUAUUAAUUAGAUAUACGUCUCAAAAGUCAUGCAAUGCUUCAAAGUUCAAAGGAAAUGUAAAUACUAAGAUUAUUAAGAA